AUGACUUCGGCAAGUGCUACGGACCUGUCGCUGGCCAUGCAAACCAACUCGACUCGACGGUGGCCGGCGCUGCUGUCCCGCCUCCUCCGGUCGUCGCGCCUCCAACCCCCGCAGCUCCGCCAAGCCCACGCCCUAGCGAUCAAGGUUGGCCUCGAUCUCCUCCCCUUCCCCGUCGGCAAGCUCAUCGCCGCGGCCGCCGCCGUCGCCGACGCCCCCUACGCCCGCUCCAUCUUCGACCGCGUCCCCGCCCCCUGCCUCUUCCACUAUACCGCCCUCCUCCGGAGCCUCUCCCUCGCCCGCACCCCCGCCGUGGCGGAUGCCUUCUCCGUCUUCAGCUCGCUGCGCUCCUCGAGCGGCGUCGCCUUGGAUCAGUUCGCCUUCGUCCCCACCCUCAAGGUCUGUGCUCGUGGCCUCGCCCUCCGAGCCGGGCAACAGCUUCAUUGCCUCGUGCUUAAGCUCGGGUUCCAGCUUUAUGUCAACGUCCGGAACACUCUGAUCCAUCUGUACUGCCGAUGCGGGAGGGCGGACGACGACGGCCGACGGAUGUUCGAUGAAAUGCCCCAGGAGAACGACGCCGUCUCUUGGAGCGCGCUGAUGAGUGGGUACCUUCAGAUAUCCGAGCCCCAAAAGGUGGUGGAAUUGUUCUGCGAGAUGCGUGCUCGCUUCUCCCAGAUUAAUGCCGCUGUGAUGGUUAUCACAUUGUCGGCCUCGGUAGAUUUGUCUCACCAUGGAAGUGAAGCACUGCACUGCUACUGCAUUAAAUCCGGCUACUAUUCUGACUUGAACGUGGCAACUGCAGUCGCAGCUAUGUAUGCGAAAACGAAAUGCAUGGAUUCAGCAGCGAUGGUAUUUGAUGCCACGAAGGGAAAAGACCUGGUCUUGUACAAUUGCAUGGUGGAUGGGUACGUGAAAUCUGGAGCCAUCAAAGAAGCUUUCGCUUUACUCGCGAGGAUGAAGGAUGAGGGAGUCAAGCCGAAUUCAGCAACAUUCGUGGGGUUGCUCUCAGCCUGUGCUUCCUCGGGUGCGGUUGUCGUCGGCCGGCACAUCCAGGAACACAUAAAGGAGGAGGGUUUAGAGUUGGAUGCUGUUCUGGGGACGGCUUUGGUCGAUAUGUAUUCCAAGAGUGGGUGCCUCGAUGAGGCCAUCAAGGUGUUCGAUGGAAUGAUCGACAGAGACGUCCAGGCGUGGACAGCCAUGAUCACGGGCCUUGGAGUCCACGGCAGGGCAGAGGCUGCUCUCCGGCUCUUUCAUCGGAUGGAAGAUGAGGGAACGAGGCCAAACGAAGUUACCUUCUUGUCAGUCCUCAGUGCUUGUAGCCAUGGCGGACUGGUAGCUGCAGCGAAGGAAUGCUUCGAGAGAAUGGUUAGCAGAUACGGGCUCUCGCCGAAGAUGGAACACUAUGGAUGUCUGAUCGAUAUUUUCGGUAGGGCGGGGAUACUGGAGGAAGCACAUGAGCUCAUAAGGAGCAUGCCCUUUGAAGGGGAUGCUGUGGCAUGGCGCGCUUUGCUUGCGGCCUGCAGGGUCCAUGGGAAUGUGGAGCUUGGAGAAGUAGCGCAGAGAACUCUGGUGUCCUUGGGCGAUGAACACCCGAGCGACGUCAUCCUUCUGUCGAGUACCUACGCUGCUGCAGAUAGAUGGGCAGAUAUCGAGCAACUAGGAUCCGUAGGAGCGGAUAAUGCAAUGGAGAAGAAGGAAGCUGGCCGCAGCUUGAUUGAAAUGGAUGUGCCAGACCUUCUUCCCACAACAAUUAUGGGCGAUUGA